AUUUGCAGGUACAGAUGCACUCUCUCCACCUCCAAAGUGCAGAAUGAGAGUGAAAUUUGGAGGUAAAUGCUAUAUAUAGUCUUAAGUGCAUCCAUACAUGGGGAGGAAGGGGAACAGCAUUCCUCCUGUGAGAGGGUAAUAUUUUUGUUACCAUCAGCAAGUGCUUCCCAAGUGGCAUCAGGCUGGUCUGCCACCGCUUUGCGCUGUUUUAAUCUCUUGGGGUCUCCUUGAAGUGUUCCAGUCAUGGCUUCCAAAGUCAUACAUGGGAGUAAGAAGAAGCAUGUGAGCCAUGUCAAAACUGAUUAUGCUUACCAUCACACUAAAAGUGCUGCCCAUCAUCAUACAGAAAGGAAAUCAAGUUCUAAGGAGAGCCACGUGCACGCCCAUGCCACAGAGGCUAUGGCAGAACCAGCCUAUACCAUACCGGCGUUCCGGCAGAGGAGUGCUGAUGAGACUGAAGAGUACCAGAGAGUAACUACGCAUGUUGCGAAAGGACUGGCUGUUAUUCAGGAGGAGCUCCACAGGAUGCGGAUUUCCACCAAGGCCCAAGUGGAGAGUCUUGCUAUACAGAGAGAGGUUCAGGAGAUGAUGACUAAGAAGGUGGAUUUGUAUGAUGAAGUCCACAAGAUGCCGGACUUCCUGGUGGCCCUGCGGCCCCACACCGUGUGGGAGAAGACUCCUGUCAAACUGUUCUGCACCGUGGAGGGAAAACCAAGGCCCGUUGUUAAAUGGUAUAAAGGCGGAGUGCCAGUCGACCCACUGAGUGCUCCAGGAAAGUACAAGAUUGAAAGCAAGUAUGGAGUCCACAGUUUGAUCAUUAGCAGAUGUGUUGUGAGUGAUACUGCUGAGUACAGCGCUGUGGCCACCAACCCUCACGGCACAGCUACCAGCAAGGCUAAAGUUAUUGUGAAGAGACCAGCAGGAGCCGGGGAGUCCUGCCAUCUCGGUCUAGUGCCUCAUCUGACUGAGAUCCAUCCAAGUAAGCUGGAGGUCACCCUGCUGGAUCGGUUCUCAGUGAGCUUUGGUGUGGAGGGCAGCUCUAUCAGCCUGGCGUGCACCAUGGUGGUCGUCCCCGACCUCCCCAACGUACCACCGCACGCCCAGUGGUACAGAGACGAUAAACUGUUGAAGCCAGGUAAACAUGCAGAGAUGUCAGUGGGUGGAGGACUGGCUCGUCUGAAACUGCCCCACCUGGCCAAGGACGACGAGGGCCUCUACACGCUCCGCAUCUUUACAAAGGAUGGCACCGCCGAGCAUAGCGCCUACCUGUUUGUGUCAGAUGCUGCUCCCUCUGCAGCCGGGGCCCCUGGUGCACCAAUGAGCGUCAAGGCAUAUGACAUCAACUCAGACUACGUCCUGGUUGCCUGGAAACCCCCCAACACCGUCAAUGAGGCGGCAAUCACUGGAUACUUUGUGGAUCGGUGUGAAGCCGGAAGCGACCACUGGGUCCAGUGCAAUGAUGCCCCAGUGAAGGUUUGUAAAUACCCGGUGCACGGCCUGAGCGUGGGCCACUCCUACCACUUCCGGGUCAGAGCCGUGAACAGCGCCGGCAUCAGCAGGCCGUCACGCAAGUCGGACAAAGUGACCGCCCUAGACGCCGCCGAGCAUGAGAGGCUGCAAGUGAUUAAAAUCGAAGGAAAAUACGACAUAGUGAUCAAGGAUGAUGAACUGGAAGGCGAUGUAACUAUCCCGGGAGAGCCCACUGAUGUGCAUGCAUCUGAGAUUUUCAAAUCGUACGUUGUGCUGAGCUGGAAGCCUCCCAGCCCUCGUGGACGAGCCCCGCUGUGGUAUGUCAUUGAGAAGUGCUUAGCAGGCACUGGAGCAUGGCAGAAGAUCAACACAGCAGUCAAACUGCACUCCCCUCGUUACCCAGUUUUUGAUUUGCAAGACGGGCAAAAGUACCAGUUCCGAGUGUAUUCUGUCAACAUGUACGGCUCCAGCGAGGCCUCUGCGCCCUCUGAGCCCAUCCAAAAGGUUGAUGAGUAUGGCGUCCCCUCUGCUCCCGGCCAGGUCAUCGCCACCAGGAACACAAAGUCGUCUGUGUUCGUGCAGUGGGAUCCUCCCAAACAUCUGAAGCACCUCGUUGGAUACUACAUCGACGGCCGCGCUGUCGGAUCCAAGGAGUGGUUCCCGUGCAACAACAAACCCUUCAAACACACCAGGUUUGUGGUCCAUGGCCUGACCCCGGGGGAGACCUACGUGUUCCGUGUCCAAGCUGUCAAUGUGUACGGCCUCAGCGACGAGUCUCAGGAGUCCUCUCCCAUCGCUGCCGAGCCCGCCCUCGCAACUCCCAGCGCUCCUUUCGGCAUCACCAUGCUGAGCUGUGACGGCUCCUCCAUGACUAUUGCCUGGAAGAGUCCCAAACACUGCGGCGGCUCCAAGGUCACCGCUUACUACGUCAGCGAGCGUAACGCUGACUCUUCACACUGGAAGGAGGUCAACCUGACAGCCAUCAAGGAGAGAGUCUGUACUGUUGAACAUUUGACGGAGGGAACCUUCUACGAGUUCAAGGUCCAGGCCGCUAAUCUCGCCGGUGUGGGCUUGCCCUCUACUCCCAGCACCCCAAUGAAAUGUGAAGCUUGGACCAUGCAGGAGCCUGGUCCACCUUAUGAUCUGAGCUUCAGUGAGGUCAGAAGUCACUCCCUGGUCCUCCUUUGGAAAGCUCCAGUCUACACCGGAGCGAGCGCAGUCACCGGGUACCUGGUGGAAAUGGCGAAAAAGGGCUCAUCAGAGUUUGUCGCCUUAAAUCACGAUGCCGUGAACCACCGCUACCUGCAGGUGAGUGGUCUGGAGGAAGGUGAAUCCUACGUGUUCAAAGUUUGUGCGGUCAAUGGAAGCGGUCAUGGGAAACACUCUCAGCUGUCUGAGCCGGUCUGUGCCAAGGCUCUUCCAGGCACCAAGGAGAUUGUGGCCGGUGUAGAUGAGGAGACCGGAGACAUCUUCCUGUCUCUCGAGGCCUGUGAGAUCUGCGAGACCUCCAAGUUCGUGUGGUCGAAGAACUACAAACCCAUUGGCGACUGCCCAAGGGUCGCCGUCACAACGGAGGGCAGAACCUCUAGAAUGACUUUCACCAACCCCGAUAAAGACGAUUUGGGCAGAUACUCUGUGGUCGUCACUGACACAGAUGGAGUCUCUGCCAGCCACACUCUGGCUGAGGACGCCCUGAACACCAUGCUGGAGCUCAGCCAUGCCAUCAGACAUCCAAUUAUUCCUCUGAAACAUGGUCUGAACUAUGAGAUUUUGGAGAAGGGACACGUGCGUUUCUGGCUGCAAGCCUACAAACUGUCCCCAGACGUGUCCUACAGGUUCAUCGUUAAUGACAAGGAGGUCACCAGCGGCGAGGGCCACAAGAUCAGCCACGAUGUGUCAACAGGAAUCAUCGAGAUGACGGUUGAUCUUUUCACCAGAGCCAACGAGGGCACAUACACCGUCCAGAUCCACGACGGCAAGGCCAAGGCCCAGACCUCCCUGGUCCUGGUCGGAGAUGUGUUCAAGGCUGCUCUGAAGGAGGCCGAGUUUCAGAGGAAAGAGCACAUCAGGAAGCAAGGUCCACAUUUCUCUAAGUAUCUGUAUUUCACUGUCACUGAGGAUUGCACCGUUAUGCUCGAAUGCAAGGUUGCUAACGUGAAGAAGGAAACAAGUUUCCACUGGUACAAAGAGGACGAAGAGCUUGUUCCAGAAACUCCUCCCAACGUCAUGUCUGGAGCCUGUGCUAUUCCCAUCCCACUGUUCUCCAGAAAAGAUCACGGCAUUUACAAGGCCGUACUCAAUGACGACAGAGGAAAGGACACGUCUGUGCUUGACAUUUCAGGCCAAGUGUUCGACGACAUCAUCAACGCCAUCGCCCACAUCGCUGGUGCGUCUGCCUCUGAGCUGGUGCUGCAGUGUACUCCAGAGGGCAUCAGGCUGCAAUGCUACAUGAACUACUACACAGAGGAGAUGAAGACCGUCUGGAAACACAAGGAGAGUAAGAUCGCCUCCUCUGAGAAGAUGAGGAUCGGUGGCACGACGGAGAUGGCCUGGAUGCAGAUCUGCGACCCAUCCGACAAGGAGAAGGGUCACUACACCAUCGAGAUCUCAGACGGCGAGCAGACAUACACCAGGACCUUUGACCUCUCUGGACAAGCAUACACCGAUGCCUAUGAGGAGUACCUAAGACUUAAGGCAGCUGCAUUUGCUGAGAAGAACCGUGGCAGAGUGGUUGGCGGCCUGCCUGAUGUGGUCACUAUCAUGGAAGAGAAGUCCCUGAGCCUGACCUGCACCGUGUGGGGAGAGCCGACUCCUGAGGUCAUCUGGUUCAAGAAUGAGCAGGAAGUCGCCUCCAGUGAGCACACCAAGAUCACGUUCGACGGCGGCAAAUUCGCCAGCCUCGUCAUCAACAAAGUCACUCCCGAUGACUCCGGCAAGUACAGCAUCAACGUACGGAACAAGUACGGCGGUGAGUUUGUUGAGAUCACCGUCAGCGUCUACAAGCACGGCGAGCAGAUCCCCGAGCCCAAACUGGGACAUCAUGCCAAACCGGCCACACCUGUGGCCACGCCUGUGCCACCGAAGUCCCCUGCUCCCCACUCCAAGACGCCUACCCCCACCCCUAAGGCCCACACCCCCGCGUUAUCCAUGAAGAGCCCAACUCCAGCCUCCACCCCCGUCCCCAAAUCCCCAACCCCAACCCCUAAGUCUCAUACCCCGACCCCCAAGUCUCCAACCCCAACCCCCAAGUCUCAUACCCCGACCCCCAAGUCUCCAACCCCAACUCGCAGCGUCAAGUCGCCCACCCCGCCCAGAUUCAUGAAGUCUCCCACCCCACCAAGGAAGUAAACGGUGGUGAUGUCUGAAGGGGAAACGUCUGCUGAUAACAACGCUGAUUUAUAGCAUGAGUGUGAAACCACGUUGUUACUUUAAGGUUUAUUUUUUGACGUAAUCACUUUUGAAGUCCCUUUUUCUGAAUUGCUGCGUAUUCUGGACUACCACUUAGAAAAAACAGGUUGCUAAACCAGUCCUUACUCUCUCUAUUCGUUUGGAGAACUAGUUGCAGGAUACAUGUAGGAAAAAACUACACAGGAGGGACUUUUACAGUGGCUACUAACAUACAGUAGAUGUCCUUUUCAGAUGUUACAUGUCCUUCAACUGGUCACUGUGCUAUUGACACAGGUGGGAAAAAACUAAGAAAAAUAAAAGGCCGGGUAGAUAUUAAUGUUCAGUGUUUUUAAAAGCUGCACCUUCCACUAUUCAAUAUUAGUGGAAUGCCUGUAUCCAUUUUUUGUGGUGUUUAUUACAACUUUGGUCUUAUUUAUUUAGUUUUGGUCAUUGUUUCAUGUUAAAUGCUGAUUUCUGGGAAGCAGCAUCUCUAAAAAAAGAAGUCAGAUGGGUAAAGUUAAAGUUUUGCUUUACUUUCAGUUUGGUAACAACCUGUCUGUCAUGUGGUGUCAUGUUUCUUUCCGUAUCUGACUUCAUUGUUGUGUUUGUUCUCAGUUUUUAAACAAAUAAACUUGUGAGUGCAAUAUUAUAUAUAUUUAUCAAAACUGAAAUAAUAUGCAAAAACUACAGAAAUAAGACCGAAGUGGUAAUAAACCAGAGUUAUUCUUUAAACUGGACGUCCAGGGAGUGAGCAGGUACAGAGCUGUCUGUCGUCAGUACCUGGGUGGGAAAUUAACACCAAAUACCAGAUUAUUUAUUUGUUUUCCUCUGAGAUGGUUGAGUUUUCCUCCACCUACUUUUCUCCCAGGUAGCUUUCUCUGUUAGUUAGUAGCUCUGUGAAUAAAAAUAGAGAGGACUAUCUGUCUGUCUGUGACAUGUCCCGCCUCCCCCCACUCCCAAUGCUUUGUGAUGGCUUGUAAUGGCAAAUAAACUUUACUUAUCAAACUCU